AUGCUUGGUCUUUCGAAUUAUUCUGUCAUGUCCAGUGACGAUAACCCUGUUGCUACUAACAUACCAAAGGAAACAACAAUAAUAAUGAUACCUCGCCAACAAUGCAGCAACAGCAUCAUCAGUAACCUGUUCAUCGCAAUACACGAUUCUGUUUAGUAAAAAAGGUAGAUACAAUUUC